CUCCAUGAAAGAAUGCAAAACAUAAGUUGUUUACAGAACUGUGUGUGAGAAAGUUCGUUACAAGAAUGCAAACAUCAGAAGGCUUAGCAAAGUCUUAGAAAAUCAGGGUGACAAUUUGCCAUACUUCCCCCACACAUAAUUCUUGCAUUUUCCCCAUACUGUUUCCCUGCCCUUUCUUCUCCUCAGAUGUCCUGCCAUUUUCCCCUCGUUUCCCACUCCUCUCCCCUCAUGCUUCUCACACUUUCCCCCUCACGUUUCCUAUCCUUAUUCCAGUCAUGUUUCCCACUCUCUUCCCAUCACGUUUCCUGCCCUUUCUUCUCUCAUGCUUUCCUCCAACCAUGUCACCCUCACAUUUCCUGCCUCUUUAAAUAACUGGCAAACGGGGGAACAAACUAUCGCGUGUUUCUUCGCAAAGAUGCAGUACUGCAUUAACGAACCUAUUGCCUAUUAACAGUCAUCUAAACAUAUACCUCACAAUAGAGACUCCGACCUGCCCCGCGCUGUUCCGCCCCGGAGAGACACCGUGCCUUGGGCAGGCCAGCCCCAGGAUGCCCAGGAGCGGUGCUGGAACGGCUGCCAUGGCCGGCCGGGGCUGUGAUGGGAAAGCCCGCGGGGAGCGGCGGGAGACGCCACCUCCUCGGAGCAACGGCCUCGGCCGCCAUCUUGUGCCUGGCGCCAGCCCCUGCGGCGCGGACCCCGCUCCAGUCCCAACCGCUGCUCCUGGGUACGCGCUUUCUGGGAGAAGCCGACACUGUUUUCUGUCUCCGUAGAGACUGGUCUCGGCUGAGGCCGCCCCCAUUAGCAGACAGCCGCCCGGCAGCAGACACCUUCCCAUUCUGGCAGCCCGCACUGCCGGUCUCCCUCCCUCCCUCCCGGCAUAGCCGUGCCUUCACGCCCGUUCCGGUUCGGCGGCGCGCGGAGAUUGGCUUUUCGAUCCCGGCGGCCGGAAGCGGGACAUUUGAACAGUAACGGAUUCUCUAGGCUGCUCCGCUGCGGGGUCGCUGCCUCGGGACGGAGUAACAGUCGGGACGGCUCCUGCCGGCAGCACCCCAAGAAACGGGGUGGGACUCGAGGGUCUUCUGGCUGCUGCGACUCGGGAUCGCGGCGCUCCCGCGCCUGUCGCCGGGGAGCCGUAACAGGUGCUGAGAAGAGCUGCCCGCAUCCUGCGGGUCGCAGAAUGGCCGGAGAUGACUAUGAGGAAAUUCUCAAGUACUAUGAAUUACACGGAACAGUCGGCACAGGUGGGUUUGCAAAAGUAAAACUUGCACGACAUCGUCUCACUGGUGAAAAAGUUGCAAUAAAAAUCAUGGACAAGCUUGCUUUACAGGAUGACUUGCCUCGUGUUAAAUUAGAAAUCGAUGCCAUGAAGGAUUUGAGUCACCAGCACAUUUGCCGGUUGUAUCAUGUGAUUGAGACACCCAAGAAAAUAUUCAUGGUUUUAGAGUACUGUCCUGGAGGAGAGCUGUUUGAUUACAUAAUUUCUAAGGACCACCUUUCUGAGGAGGAAGCUCGCAUAUUUUUUCGUCAGAUUGUUUCAGCAAUUGCUUAUGUGCACAGUCAGGGAUAUGCCCACAGAGAUCUCAAACCAGAAAAUUUGCUGAUUGAUGAGGAACAUAACCUGAAGCUGAUAGACUUUGGACUUUGUGCAAAGCCAAAGGGUGGCCUUGAUUACCAUCUGAAUACCUGCUGUGGAAGCCCAGCUUAUGCGGCACCAGAGCUGAUUCAGGGCAAAGCAUACAUUGGUUCAGAGGCAGAUAUUUGGAGUAUGGGAGUACUGCUGUAUGCUCUGCUGUGUGGCUUUCUCCCCUUUGAUGAUGAUAAUGUCAUGGCUGUCUACAGGAAGAUCGUGAGAGGAAAAUACAGUACUCCAAAGUGGCUCUCUCCUAGCAGUACACUGCUCCUUGACCAAAUGCUGCAGGUCGACCCAAAGAAGCGGAUUACAGUCCAACACCUUUUAAGUCACCCUUGGCUCAUGCAAGGUUUUUCCGAUGCUGUUCAGUGGCAAAGUAAAUACCCACUGGGACAUCUUGAUGAGGACUGUGUAACAGAGCUUUCUGUGUUUCAUGAGCAGAGCAGGGAGACUAUAUUGCAAUUAAUAAAUGAGUGGAAAUAUGACCACAUGUCAGCAACAUACCUCUUGCUUCUGUCCAAGAAGGCUCGUGGCAAGCGUGUUCGUUUAAGGUUUCCAUGUCUAACAGAGCAUUCCAGUACCGUGAUGUCAACAGUCCUUGAGCAUUCAAGGCCUGAUGCCCAACUGGAGGAUAUGGAAUUCACACUGUCAACUCCAGUGACAAGAAAAGUAGCACCAAAGAAGCAUAAAAACAAAGAGAAUGUUGAGACAGUGUCAGCUUUAAGAAAUGAAAUGCCCUUUGCACUUCCUGCUCCUAAGACUCCUCUUGCAAAGAGUCAGAUUGAGACACAGGUAGAAGCCAUUCCCCUCAGGGCACCUGCUUUCAAAGAGAGUCAGUUCACUGCAGUCACCCCAAUUAAGAAACCUGCUAACCCAACAAAUGCAGAUGAAUUGGCAGCAGCUGAGAUUCUUCUUGAAAGAAGGUGUCAGUCAGUGGAAUUAGAUCUCAACCUUGCACAUGUGGAUAGCAGCCAAAAGAAGAGAAAAGCUAAAAUAUUUGGAAGUCUUGAAAGAGGCCUAGAUAAAGUGAUCACAAUGCUUACACCAAGCAAGAAGAAAAGAUGCACUAGAGACUGUCCAAGGAAACUUAAGGCACACUGUAACAUUACCACCACUCAUCUGCUGAAUCCAGAUGAACUGUUGAAUGAAAUAAUUAUUGUUCUUUCAAAGAAGCAUGUGGAAUACGUUCAGAAGGGUUAUACCUUGAAAUGUCAAACACGGUCAGAUUUUGGUAAAGUAACUAUGGAGUUUGAGUUAGAAGUAUGUCAGCUCACUAAGCCUGAAGCAGUGGGUAUCCGGCGACAACGGCUUAAAGGUGAUGCCUGGGUCUACAAGAGGCUGAUAGAAGACAUCUUAUCUAGCUGCCAAGUGUGCAUUAACCUGAAUAAUUGAUAUGCUGAAUGAUUGAUGGGCUAAAAACCCCUGAGAGGAGCAAGGAAGUCAAGUCUUUUACUGACUACGGGCCUGGACAGGCUUGAGGCGUGGCCCAGUGCAAACCAGUGCAGCAAAGCAAAGUGCAAGGUCCUACACCUGCAUUGGGACAAUCCCAGUUACAUCUACCAGCUGGGCAGAGAAGUGAUUGAGAGCACCUCUGUGGAGAGAGAAGGACUUGGAGGAGAUGGUUGAUGAAAAACCAGUAUCAGCCAUCAGUGUGCACUUGCAGCUGAGAAAGCCAAAGGAAUUCUGGGCUUCAUCCAAAGAAGUGUAGGCAGCAGGUUGAAGGAGGGAAUCUGCUCCUCUGGCCUCGUGAGACUCUACCUGGAACACUGGAUUAUGUUGGAGUUGUGGUGCACCCAACAUAAGAAGGACAUGGAACUCUUGGAGCAAGUCCAGAUGAGGUCAUGAAGUUGAUAAGAGGACUGGAGCACAUCCCCUAUGAAGACAGGCUGAGGAAGGUGGGGCUGUUCAGCCUGGAGAAGAUAAAGUUUUGUGGAGACCCCAUAGCAACCCUCCAGUAUCUAAAGGAUACUUCUGGUACCUACAGAGAAGCUGAAGAAGGAUUCUCCAGCAAGAACUGCAGUGACAGGACAAGGAGAAAUGAGGGAAAAUUAAAAGACAUUAAUCCAAUUUAUGUUAACUAUUAGGAAGAAAUUUUUUACUCUGAGGGUUGUGAGAUACACAAACAGGCUGUCCAGGGAGGUUGUGAAUGCCCCGAGCAGUGUUCAAGGUUGCAUAAGGCCUUGAGCAACCCAAUCUAGUGGCAGGUGACCCUGCCUGUAAUGGGAGGUUCAGACUAGAAGAUCUUUAAGGUCCAUUCAAAUACCUUAACAUUCUACGAUUCUAUGGCUCUGCACCUGCUGCCUGAGGGCACUUCUCAAUCAAUCCCCGCUUCUGGAUGUUAAUGGACAACCCAAGCUUUGGCCUUGACCAUGGUGGUGGGGAAUCCUCAGGAAGAAGCUCAUUCUCUGUCAUGCUGAUGGUAGUGAUGGGUGACCUGGAUGCCCAUCAGUGCUGCCUGACCUCGGGACUGCAGCCAGGCCAGGGAUGGAACAGAUAAUGCUGUUCACACAGAGAACAGAAUAUUGCAGAAAUCACAAGAGUAAAUGUGUAGUGAUGUUUUGCUCAUGAUGAGAAAAGUAUGUCUGGUUAAGACCCAGUUUUCACUAAGUGUACCAACAAAUGGAGCGAGAGACAGAAAAGAUUUCUGAAGUCCACCUGAAGUGUAAUUCAAACCUAUCCUGAGAGAGGUCAUGAUAAGUAAGAUAAAUUUCUAUCUUUCCUUUCUUUUACAAUGCCAACCUUUGGUUUCUAAAAGUUUGCUUAAGCAGUGAUGGUUUGGUGGUGCCUUGAUGAACUCACUAACUCUCUGAGGGCUAUAGAUAUGUCAGAUCUUGCAGCAGCUGGUAGAGACAGAUACAUAUUUCUUGGUCCUUUGGAAAAAAGCUCUGGAAUUAAACACUGUAGGCAAGGGAAAGUAUUUUGUGGAGCUUUUUGUGAUGGAAAAUGAGUUCUUCAAUUCUAAUUUCAAUAAGUAGUGUCAUUGAUGCUUUAAAAAAAUCUUUAUUUUUUUAAUCAAAUGUUCUAGUUUCCUGUACUGCUUUCAUUAAUAGCUGCAGACAAAAUGAUGGGAUGUUGGCCUGUAAGAAAUUCCCUGGAUGCAAGAGGCAGAUAAAAUAAUAUACAUAUUUUUCAGAUCAAAGCACUGGUUCUGCAUCUGCAGAUAUUCCAUCCCUUACAUCAAAGAGUGUCACUUGAGAAAGACAUGCAUGGUCAGACUUGCAAGUCUGUCCCAUCCCUUUUUACUAGUCCUUCUCACUCCAGCUUUUCUCCAGUUGUCUUCUUGCUUUUUUUAAUCUCUUAGGUUUCCUUUGGUGAUCUGAUGUAUUUCUUCUUCAGGCCAAUGCUGCUUUGCAGCUCCAUGCCCGAGACAAUCAGGUGUUUUCUCUUGCCAGCAAAAAGCUGCAGCCACUGAGCAUCCAAGGCUGGUCCUUGAGGACUGUGGAGACUUGGGAUGAGACCCUGAGCCAACAGAAGAUCUGUUAAAAUUCAGUGAAGGUCACAUGGAUUUUUUUUUUUUCUGGAAGUCUCUGCUCAAAGAGCCUCAGA